AAUCAGUAUGGACAAACACAGUCCAACCCCAAUCAGAACGGACAAGCGCAGUCCUACCCCAAUCGCACUGACAAUCAACAAGCUAAUGUGUGCUGGGGAUGUAAACAACCAGGACAUAUCAAAAGAGACUGUCCAUCACAGUCUUGGGGACCAGCAGCGGACUGGCAAUAGAGGUGCCCGGAGAAGCCUGAGGGGGAAACAAUAAUGUCACCAGUUAUCUCACUACAACCACGAGAAGAACCCACCAUACCAGUUACAGUGCAAGGACGAGAACAUGCCUUCAUGGUAGACACCGGAGCGACGUAUUCAUGCAUUGGAAAAAACGGCUUCAAUCUCCCCCUCUCCAGUUCAUCCAUCCGAACUGUAGGCUUUUCUGGGAAAACACAAGUAAUACCACUUACGGAGCCACUCACGAUGCAAAUUGAAGGAAAAACUAUUGUAGCGCCUCUACUGUACUCCGCACACACUCCCAUCAAUCUAUUAGGAAGAGACAUUCUCUGCAUACUAAAAGCCAACAUUGUGUGUACUCAACGCGGCCUGCAAAUAGAGUUCCAUGAAGGUCCCUCAGCAAACCAGAUGAUGCCAGUGAUGGUUGGAAAGGAACUCCAAAAUGGCUUAAGUCCAUUAAUGAAUGUAACAGCACAAGAUCAUCACAGCCGGACACCACCGCUAGCGUACUGGCUACAAUUGGCCCCACAAGAAUCUUCACUAAUCCAAUUAUGGGAAGAAUGGGAACCGUGGGUCCAAGCAUUGGUAGGGAAACCAAGACCACAACAGAUGCCGCUCCACUGCACUCUUCUAUAUGACGAACAUCAAAACUACACAGACUAUGCCGACUGCUGGAUGGAGCUGAUCAAUAAAAAACAAUACUCCAUCAUCAGCCAGGAUAUUUUUGUAGGCCCUGAAGGAGCAGCCGCAGCCGUAACACUCCCACCAGAAUUACGAGAAUGGUAUCAUGUACAGAACUCAGCCCCGCAUGUCCCAUUGAUGACAACCGAAGGACAUCGAUCUAGUGAGUUAGGACCAAUGAUAAAAGCAGCUUCACAAGUGUUAGACUGGAGGCCCACCAAUAAUAAGUACUUACACAUAUCUCCUGAUGCCCGGUUUCAUAGAAUUUCAGCGAGAAAUUACAACGUAGGGACAGCUGAGAUAGUGGUUGUAAAUGUAAAGACACCAUCACAUCAAUGCCCAUUGUCGGAACAUGAAGAUGUGUUAGGACAGGUGCCCCCAUCCCUAUGGUCAAAACAUAAGACGGAUGUGGGUUUUAUACGGGCAGCAGACCCCAUACACAUAAAAGUGAAGAAGGGAGCAAGAUUACCAUACCAGAGGCAGUACCCACUCCGACAACACGCCAUAGACGGGAUUAGACCCACGAUUAGGGGUUUAGUGGAUGCGGGAGUCUUAAUAGAGACAAAAAGUUCCUGUAAUACACCCAUCUUUCCAAUAAAGAAGCCACAUUCUAAUGAUUAUCGGUUAGUACAUGAUCUGCGGGCUAUUAACUCCAUUGUGGACGUUCCAAAGGCAAUUGUUCCCGAUCCACAUACACUACUUUCUAACAUACCCCCAGGUACCAAAUGGUACACCGUCAUCGAUCUGUGCUCUGCCUUUUUCUCAGUUCCCCUACACACUGAUUCACAGUACCUGUUUGCUUUCACCUUUGAAGGCAAACAAAUGACUUAUCCUCGGUUACCCCAGGGAUUCCUGGACAGCCCAGCUGUGUUUAAUCGAGUGUUGGCCCAGGACCUGCAGAACCUGCACGUCACUAGUACCGUCUUGCAAUAUGUAGAUGAUAUCCUUAUUUGCAGUAGUUCAAAGGAGCAGUGCCAGACGGACUGGCUACGAGGUGAUACUGUCUGCACCAGAGCUCACCAUUCAAAGGUGCAGCAUAGUAAACCCAGCAACUAA